UGUGUUUCCUUGCUGCAGAGAAAACAACUCUAGCCUAUUACAAUAAAAGAAAAAUAAAUUAGUUACUCUCUAAUUUUAAAAAUUUUAUAAUAAAUCAUUAAAAAAGUUAAAUACGAAAAAGAUGGCAAACCUAACACAAUUGUUGAGCCUAGUUGACGACCUUAACCGCCUCUCUUUGGGAAGUGCACCAUUUUACGAGUCACCUCUCUACUAUGGCCGUCUUCCAGCCUAUUUGGCUUUGACCAAUGCUGGCGAUGAAUCACAACCACUGCGUUUACGUGACAAACAAACAUCGGGUCCCAUUUCCACCAUUGGCAAGGAUGGCUUCCAGGUGUGCAUGGAUGUACAACAAUUUAAGCCCAGCGAAUUGACUGUUAAAGUGGUGGACAACUGUGUCAUGGUGGAGGGUAAACAUGAGGAACGCGAAGAUGAUCAGGGUUACAUUGCCAGACACUUUGUACGUCGCUAUGCCAUACCCAAGGGCUAUGAUCCCAAUAAGGUUGUGUCCACACUUUCCUCGGAUGGUGUUUUAACCGUUAGUGUUCCUAAGCCACAAAUUGAAGAGAAAUCCAAUGAGCGCCAAAUUCAAAUCCAACAAGUCGGUCCAGCUCAUUUGAAUGUGAAGGAAAAUGCCAAAGAAGAAAAGAAGCUGGAAAGUGGCGAAGAAACUGAAUAAAACAUCUGCCAUAGAACUUGAGGAGAAUCAAUAGUCUGUUUAAUUUUUAAGUAUUUUAUUUAUAAAAAUUGUUACUUUUUACUGUAUGUCAAAAAUAUGUAUUAAUUGGCCAAUAAAUCUAUUUUGAAAAAAAAAA